AUGAAUAAUUUGGUAUACCAUCCGAAUAGCACUCAAAAUAUUAAAUUUCUUAAUGAAUUAGUUAGUAUUGUUACUACUAAUGGUUUUGACGGAAUUGAUAUUGAUUAUCCUUAUAAAUUUCCAUGCGAUCCGUCCGGAUUUGGUGAUGUUUUUUUAAGUUUCCUACGUAGCAUAAAAUUACAAUUAAGCGAUAAGAAGUUAACGAUUACAGCAGGCCAAUAUCCUGUAAAUCUCACCCGUGACUUCACUGAUUACUCUACAGGAAUUGCGAUUGCAGACAUCACCAAAGAUUCGAAAGAUUUACAAUUGACGAACUUUAUUUCGGGAAUUCCACCAAAUAAGACUGGAGGAAAUGGAACUACAGGCACCUCAUCAUCUACAUCUCCGCCCAAUACAAGUGCAAUAGUGGGUGGUGUGAUAGGUUCCAUUAUUUUUGUCGGCGCAUUAGUAACUGUUGGCAUCAUAUUGUAUCGAAGAAGGCAUAGAACAAAAAUGCCUAAUCAACUUAUAAAUACAAAUAAUCAGGCCUGCUCUGAUACAAAUCCUCAGGUUUAUUCUGAUAUAAAUCGUCAGGUUCGUCCAGAUAUAAAUAAUCGAAUUUACUCAGAUACAAAUCAUAAAGCUUUCUAA